UGGAGCGUUGAGUCCUGGCGCCGUACAUUCUCAGUCUUCUCUCGGUGUUCCUUGCAAAGCACCGGACUGUCCCCGCAAUUGUGCUGCCACCAGUCCUGCGCCGUGUGGCGCGGGUGCCCUCAAGGACUCACCUUCGCCUUGUGUCUCUGGACUGCAUUCCUCCCCCGCAGGGACUGCCUGUGAGUCCGCCGGAGUUGGUGUUUCUCUUGGGGAAUCGCCACGCCCCGCAUUUUCCAAUAACGUUGGUCGUACUCCCGCUCAGGCUCAGCACACCCCCAGUGCUCCUGCUUUUUCCCACUUUGCCGGCGGCGGUGCCGCUGUUCGCGGUGGUGUCCCUGGUGCGGCCCCCGCGGACCGUGUGGAGCCAACGUCUGCCUCGCAGCGCCCGGUCAACGGAGGGCCGGCCGGUGGGGGGGAAGCGGGCCAACAGAGUGCAAGCGGGGCAUCUGGGCAUGGGAGUGGCCAGCCUGUGCGCAGGGCGGAAGUGCCACGUAACAGCACCUUGACCGCCGCCACCGGUGGCACCCAAACUCCGGGCAGACACAACGCGGGCGAGCAGGCUGCACACGCUGCUCCUGGUGCCAAAUCGAAUACAGCGGGUGGCGGCAUCCCCCACACGAAGACCCACCACAAAACACACACCGGCAGGAGGGACAGCAGCGACACUGCCACUGUGUGGGUGCGUUCCCCACCUCUGCUGCUGCUGCUGCUGCUACUGGCAGCUGCCGUUGCCUGCGCCGCUGGGCAAUGCUGA